UAUUCACGUCAAUAAUAAAAUAACAAAAUAUCCUUAUUAUUUCUUACGAUCAAUCCUGUAUUAUACACCCAAGUAAAAGUGCUUGACGAUUUCAGGGCACUUCCAGAACAUUCCACAUGCUUCGCGACCUUCCAGACCACUCUCUUCAUCCUUCCUAAUCACAUCUAACAAAUUCCGCACACUCAUAUAUAUCACACAAUUCUGAGUAUCUCUGCAGUUCAGAUUUCGAAAAAAUUCGACAACAAGAAAGCAAUCAUCGAUCGUAAUAAACGAAAAAAACGAUCAUGGGCGUGGAUUAUUACAAGAUUUUGCAAGUGGAUAAGAAUGCUAAAGACGAUGAUUUGAAGAAAGCUUACAGGAAGCUUGCGAUGAAGUGGCAUCCUGAUAAGAACCCUAAUAAUAAGAAGGAAGCAGAAGCUAAGUUUAAACAGAUCUCUGAAGCAUAUGAUGUUCUCAGCGAUCCUCAGAAAAGAGCAGUAUAUGAUCAGUAUGGUGAAGAAGGGCUAAAGGGUCAGGUGCCACCACCAGAUGCAGCUGGAGGUCCUGGCGGAGCCACCUACUUCUCUACCGGCGGAGGCACACCAUUCUCAUUCAAUCCAAGAAACGCCGAUGACAUCUUCGCAGAGUUUUUCGGGUUCAGGGGAGCAGGAGGCGGUGGAGAUCCAUCCGGUAUGAGAGGUGUCAGGUUUUCCAGUAAUUCAUUUGGGGACAACAUGGGAGGAUUCGAAAACAUCUUCAGCUCCUUCGGCGGCGGCGGCGGUGGCUCACCGUUUGGUAAUAGUGCCGGCGGUGGCGGUGCAUUCAGUUCAGGUCCCCGAAAAGACCCUCCGAUCGAAAGGCCUCUUCCAUGUACUCUCGAAGAGCUUUACAAAGGUACAACGAAGAAGAUGAAGAUCUCUAGAGACAUCGCUGACAUUAGCGGAAAAACAAUGUCGGUGGAGGAGAUCUUAAACAUCAACAUAAAGCCCGGUUGGAAAAAGGGCACGAAGAUCACCUUCCCGGAGAAAGGAAACGAGCAACCAAACACGACGCCGGCGGAUCUCGUCUUCAUCAUCGAUGAAAAACCUCACAGCACUUUCACUCGCGAUGGCAACGACCUGGUGGUGACACGGCGGAUCAGUUUGGCAGAAGCGUUGACUGGUUACACAGUUCAUUUGACCACCCUUGAUGGCCGGAAUCUCACUGUUCCGAUCAAUAAUGUGAUCCAUCCGGCGUACGAGGAGGUGGUUCCUAGAGAAGGUAUGCCGAUUUCUAAAGAUCCGACGAGCAAAGGGAACCUGAGAAUCAAAUUUGAUGUGAAGUUUCCGGCGAGGUUAACUCCGGCUCAGAAGAGCAGGAUUAAAGAGUUAUUGAAUGGUUAGAGAUGUUGGGAAUGGAGAGAAUUUGUGCAUAUGUAUUAAUUGUGAUUUUGGGUUUUGGAGGGUGGUUUUUUUGGGCAUAUGUUUUUAUUGUUUUAGGAUUUUAGUUUCUAUGGUUUAAUGGUAUAUGGAUUAUGAAAUCUAAUAAUUGGAGCCAAGAGCUACGAUGUUGUAGAAUGUAAGGCUGUUUUUUUAAAUAGCAAAAUCUACAAAACACAUGAGA